AAUCCCCAAAAUCCCAUAAAUGCCCUAAAAUUAAACUCUCUACUCAAGACUUACGAACUCGCUUGCCUCCUAACACCCACGACGACGCUCUCUGUGACGUUUGAUGUGUGUGAGCGGUGUAGCAGAUAUCGACGGCGGCUUAAGCCUCCUUCUCCGGCAAUUCGCGAGCAAACCUACACAAAUCGGACUAGGAAUCAAUGACGUUCAUACCCUGUGACGACCAGUUACGCUAACCACGACUUGCAGUAGCUAUUUUUCAGCGUUGUAGCAGCAAAUUUUCCUCAUUCCGGCAAGGUUUAAGCUUUCGAACAAUUUCCAGCAAGGAACCAAGUCCUUUUCGGUUCUCUCUUCAUUAUUGCUUGCUCUAGCCACAUUAAUUGAUGCCUUAGUGAGGGUUCAGUCUGAAAGAUCAGGGACUGGAAAAGGCAGUGGUGAAACAAAGCAUACUUCCAAGUCUAGGGAGACUGCUAUUUCAUUUGCUGAAAAACUGUACACCGAGCAUUAAUACUUCAUAGACCUGUUGAAGUCCAAAAGUACCAUUGUCCAAUCUGACCUAUUCAGUCUUAAGGAGCCUUGUCAAAAAUAUUCCUCAUGCUUUUAAGGAAUAGAACAUAAAACUAUUUCCUGUCAUAUGGCCAGCAUCGGUGAGAGCUCUUCUUCUGUUCCCAAACUUGUGGAUGAAAAGCCGGUUUUAGUUAGGGUUAAGCGCAAAGCUUCCCAAUCUCGACUUGAUGCAUUAUGGCUGGAAAUCAAUGAGAGGCCAUCGAAGCGACCGCUCUUGGAUUUUGAGAAUUUAUCAAUUUCAGAAACUUUCCACAAAGAGGAACUAAAGACUAAGAAGAUAUUUGUACAGCAUGUGGAGACAUUAAGAAGCUCUGAGGCCACUGUUGACAUUGUUCAGUCCUUUGGGGCACCUGAUGCUGCUUCCACCAUUGAAAAUAACCUAAAGAAUGAGGAGCGCAGAAGAAAAUUUAAGAAAGAGAUUUCAAGACAAGAUCAGUUGUUGGUUAAAGCUAGACAAGAACAAGAGGUUCUGGCAAAAAAUGCUAGAUUUGAGCAGAUAUGGAGAAGUAGGAAAGGAGUUAAAGAUUCAAAAGAUGACCAGUUACAUGAUAUAUAUCAUAUCUAUGAUAUUGUUCGUCUUGAUGCAAAUGAAAUAUCAAUUGAAGCACCAAAACAGGAGGAACAAAUGUCUCUGGACGAUCAGAGUAUGUUAUCAAGUUACCUGCCUUUACUAAGGGAGUUUAUUCCAAGUGCUGCUGCGGAGAUUGAAUCAGAUAUAGAUGCAAACAUGAUGAAACAAGAUUUGCCCAUAGAUGAUUAUGUAUAUGACUACUAUACUGUGAAGGAUAAUGUGGAGAUUGCUGAUGACGAUGCCUCUAAUCCGUUUCCUUUGAUACAAGUUGAUGACUUGGAUCUAUAUGAUGGGCCUGAUGACUCAGAUUAUGAAAGCGAUGAUUCAAAUGCUGAAAACAAUCCUUGCUUUGAUUACCCGGAUGAGGUUUCCGAUGAAGAAGAAUUGGAGAGUGGAUCUUUGAAUGAUGAAUUGGAAGAUAAUGACGAUGACAAGCAGUCCUCGGAAAGUAAUGAAUUAGAAGAUGUGUUCUCAGAGGAGGACAAAAUUCAAUUAUAUGAGGAUGAAAUAUAUGGUGAUUUUGAUGAAGAUGAUGCCGAUAGCUUUGAUUAUGAUACUAAUGGUGGUCAUGAUGAAGGUGAAGAUUGGAGAUGGUCCUAUCGCUGAAUUUUCAGUAGUAGGACAAGUUUUUCAUCCUUGGGAGUGAUGACGUUUUUUCCUUCGCUUUUCCUAUUAGGUAUUUCUUUUUAAUUUUUUUAUUAUGGUUUAGAGUUUAGGAUUUAGGGUUUUAAGCAAGUUGUUUGAUAACGAAGGUUUGCAAUGCUUAGGGAUGUAGCAUUGGAGAUUUAGAGUUCGAACCACAUUUUUUGCUACUUGAGAUUCUAUGAAAUGGAAUGACCUAAUGUCACAUUUUAGUUAACAGGUUUAUCAACUAGGUUUCUUUGUAAUUAAGUCGUUUGCCGUUUAUUUUCUGAUAUAAAAUAAUAUUGUUAGAUGAAAA